ACAUUCACUUUCCCUUCAAAGGCUUUAAGUAACUUUGUUGUGAACGUUGUGAACUCUGGUUUUCGGCACAUUUGCAGUACGUUUUGGUCAUAUCAAAAGUGCAACAAUGUCGGUGGCAAUGAAGCUUUCAAAAUGCUUUUUAUUGCGUAUCGAACACGUGAAAACGGCAACAAAAGGCCGAUUAUAUGGAUUGGUGCAAAAUAAUGCAAUUCUAGUGAUGGGUUUUAGUUUGAAUGAAUCCAUCGAAAAUAAUUUGCCAAUUGGAUUCAAAGAUGUGGGCCCUGUUCAAUGGUCAAGUGAUGAUGACUUCAAUAAACCGGAGGAAUCUGAUUCGGUCCAACUGAAAUACAAUUUGCAAUCUUCCGACAAUCAAUUGGUGGUUGGUUGGAAAAACAAAUCAAAUGAAUGGGAAACUGUGUCAUAUGAUGAAUUAACCGAAGACGAAUUGAAAAGAGAAUGGGUUUGCUUGCGUACACAAUUCCAAUUGAAAUAUUCCAUCGAAAAUACGGCCAACUAUCGCGAGCAAUUGAUUGAAUUAUUGGAGUCGACUAGAAAAAAAAUAUGUGAAACGAAUAAGCCGAUUUUGUGUAUUUCCGGCACGGAAAUUAUUUUGAAAAAAGACAAAGGUCUCGUUGGAAUCGGCAAAAAUGCUAAGAUUAAUGCAGCCAUUCAGCAAACUAAAAAUGACCAAAACCCAUCUCAAUCGAAUCCAAAUCAAUUUGAAACACUGAACAUUGUCCUUGCAGCAGGCGAUGAUGACGCAGCAAUGGAUGAUAUUAGUUCAAUUUUUUCCAACGUAUCGCUGAAUAAUUCCACAAAAUCAACGCAAAUUGAUUUCGACGCAUUGGCUUUUGUCCGACUAAGUAUGGGUGCGAAUCAGAUGUAUGAAAUCAUCUUGAAGUCGAUCGACCGUAAUAUCUCAUGCAUUGAAGCGACUGUAACAGACGUGGAACGACCAUUACACACAUUUGUCUUCUAUCCAAAAGUUCUUGGACAUUUCAUUAGCUACGUUUAUCCAACGACAUCAGCCGAUGAUGACAAGGAUCAAAUCACUCAACGAAAACAAAAUCAUACGCAUUUGAAUUUUUCACGGCCAUAUUUACGACGAGAUGACGCAUACUCCUUUAGUUCUGUACCGCCUGGAACACAAUUAUUUAAUCCACACAUUGGUUUAAAAAAUUUGGUUAAGGAUGGAAAGCAGUAUAUUGUGAAAGGAGAUUACUUGUACUACCAUUACAUGCAAGAUAAUUUCGAUGAUAAUGGCUGGGGAUGUGCAUAUCGUUCGUUCCAAACGCUGUUUUCGUGGUUCCGUUUACAGGGCUACACGAAUAAGUCCGUUCCAACGCAUGGCGAAAUACAAAAGUGCCUCAUUGAAUUGGGUGAUAAGCCGACAUUAUUCCAAAACUCACGCCAAUGGAUUGGAUCAACAGAGGUUUCAAUGUGUUUACAAUACUUCCUCAAUGUUGAUUCACGCAUUUUGCACGUAACAUCUGGCAGCGAUAUGGCUCAACACGGGCCAACAUUUGCACAGCAUUUCACGACAUACGGAACACCAAUAAUGAUCGGUGGCGGCGUUUUGGCUCAUACAAUUCUCGGCAUCGACUAUAACAGCCAAACAAAUGAAUUAAAGUUUUUAGUUUUGGAUCCACAUUACACUGGUGCCGAUGAUUUAGAUGUUAUUCAGAAGAAAGGAUGGUGUGCAUGGAAACCAGUCACAUUCUGGGACAAAAAAUCGUAUUACAAUUGUUGCAUGCCAAUGUUCCCAGACGCAACAGACUACUAAAUCUCAGUAGUCAAUAGUUCUAUUCGACUAAAAAAAAUAGAAUUUUUUAAUUCCACUUUUUAUGUUAUUAAUACGAAUACGAAUAAAUAAUGUGUUUUCUAUUAAAAGAUAA